CUCCCGCCGCUGCCAGGAGUGACCGACGAGCCGCAGAGAUGGCCGGUGCCUCCGUGAAGGUGGCGGUGCGCGUGCGCCCCUUCAACUCCCGGGAGAUGAGCCGUGAGUCCAAGUGCAUCAUCCAGAUGUCCGGGAGCACCACCACCAUCGUGAACCCCAAACAGCCCAAGGAGACACCCAAGAGCUUCAGCUUCGACUACUCCUACUGGUCACACACCUCGCCCGAGGACAUCAACUAUGCGUCGCAGAAGCAGGUGUACCGGGACAUCGGCGAGGAGAUGCUGCAGCAUGCCUUUGAGGGCUACAACGUCUGCAUCUUCGCCUACGGCCAGACGGGGGCUGGCAAGUCCUACACCAUGAUGGGCAAGCAGGAGAAGGACCAGCAGGGCAUCAUCCCGCAGCUCUGCGAGGACCUGUUCUCUCGCAUCAAUGACACGACCAACGACAACAUGUCCUACUCCGUGGAGGUCAGCUACAUGGAGAUUUACUGUGAGCGUGUCCGCGACCUCCUGAACCCCAAGAACAAGGGCAACCUGCGCGUCAGAGAGCACCCGCUGCUGGGGCCGUACGUGGAGGACCUCUCGAAGCUGGCCGUCACCUCCUACAACGACAUCCAGGACCUCAUGGACUCGGGCAACAAGGCCAGGACUGUGGCGGCCACAAACAUGAACGAGACCAGCAGCCGUUCCCACGCCGUUUUCAACAUCAUCUUCACCCAGAAGCGCCACGAUGCGGAGACCGACAUCACCACGGAGAAAGUGAGCAAGAUCAGCCUGGUGGACCUGGCCGGGAGCGAGCGGGCCGACUCCACAGGAGCCAAGGGCACGCGCCUCAAGGAGGGAGCCAACAUCAACAAGUCCUUGACCACGCUGGGGAAGGUCAUCUCUGCGCUGGCCGAAAUGGACUCUGGGCCCAACAAGAACAAGAAAAAGAAGAAGACAGAUUUCAUUCCAUACAGAGAUUCGGUGCUGACCUGGCUCCUCAGGGAAAACCUGGGUGGGAACUCGAGGACAGCGAUGGUGGCAGCCCUGAGUCCUGCAGAUAUCAACUACGACGAGACUCUGAGCACGCUGAGGUAUGCCGACCGGGCCAAGCAGAUCCGCUGCAACGCGGUCAUCAACGAGGACCCCAACAACAAGCUGAUCCGCGAGCUGAAAGACGAGGUGACCCGGCUACGGGACCUGCUGUAUGCCCAGGGUCUCGGGGACAUCACCGACACCAGCACUGUGCCCGGAGGACCCAAAUUGACCAACGCCCUGGUGGGCAUGAGCCCGUCGUCCUCGCUCUCGGCCCUGUCCAGCCGUGCAGCCUCCGUGUCCAGCCUGCACGAGCGCCUCCUAUUUGCCCCAGGCAGUGAGGAGGCCAUCGAAAGGCUGAAGGAGACGGAGAAGAUCAUAGCGGAGCUCAACGAGACGUGGGAGGAGAAGCUGCGCAGGACGGAAGCCAUCCGCAUGGAGAGGGAAGCGCUGCUGGCCGAGAUGGGCGUGGCCAUGAGGGAGGAUGGCGGCACCCUGGGCGUGUUCUCUCCCAAGAAGACGCCGCAUCUUGUCAACCUGAACGAGGACCCGCUGAUGUCUGAGUGCCUCCUGUACUACGUCAAGGAUGGGCUCACCAGAGUGGGCCGAGAGGAUGCGGAGAGGCGACAGGACAUUGUCCUGAGCGGGCACUUCAUCAAGGAGGAGCACUGCGUCUUCCGGAGCGACUCCCGGGGAGGCAGCGAAGCUGUGGUGACUCUGGAGCCCUGUGAAGGAGCAGACACCUACGUCAAUGGCAAGAAGGUCACGGAGCCCAGCAUCCUGCGGUCAGGAAACCGCAUCAUCAUGGGAAAGAGCCACGUGUUCCGGUUCAACCACCCGGAGCAGGCCCGGCAGGAGCGCGAGCGCACGCCCUGUGCCGAAACACCCGCAGAGCCCGUGGACUGGGCCUUCGCCCAGCGCGAGCUGCUGGAGAAGCAGGGCAUCGACAUGAAGCAGGAGAUGGAGCAGAGACUCCAGGAGCUGGAGGACCAGUACCGCCGGGAACGAGAGGAGGCCACCUACCUAUUAGAGCAGCAGAGACUGGACUACGAGAGCAAGCUGGAGGCCCUGCAGAAACAGAUGGGCUCCAGGUACUGCCCAGAGGCGAACGAGGAGGAAGAGGAGCCCGAGGACGAAGUCCAGUGGACGGAGCGGGAGUGUGAGCUGGCGCUAUGGGCCUUCCGGAAGUGGAAGUGGUACCAGUUCACGUCUCUGCGGGACCUGCUCUGGGGCAACGCCAUCUUCCUCAAAGAGGCCAACGCCAUCAGCGUAGAGCUGAAGAAGAAGGUCCAGUUCCAGUUUGUCCUCCUCACGGACACACUCUACUCCCCACUGCCCCCGGACCUGCUGCCUCCAGAGGCCGCCAAAGACCGAGAGACACGCCCCUUCCCCCGCACCAUCGUGGCCGUGGAGGUCCAGGACCAGAAGAACGGGGCCACCCACUACUGGACGCUGGAGAAGCUCAGGCAGCGUCUGGACCUGAUGCGGGAGAUGUACGACCGGGCGGCUGAGGUGCCCUCCAGCGUCAUCGAGGACUGUGACAACGUGGUGACCGGCGGAGACCCCUUCUACGACCGGUUCCCUUGGUUCCGGUUGGUGGGCAGCUCAGCCGUCUCCGGCUGCGACAGCUACCCUCUUCUGAACACAUGCAUGAGCGCACGCAUGGCUGCUCUCACCCCCUCCCCCACCUCCUCGAGCCCCGACUCCGACGCCACCGAGCCUGCCGAGGAGCAGAGCGUGGGGGAGGAGGAGGACCUGGAGGACGACGUCUUUCCGGAGCACGCGCUGUGCGACGGCCGGGACCCGUUUUACGACCGGCCCCCCCUGUUCAGUUUAGUAGGAAGGGCCUUCGUGUACCUGAGCAACCUGCUGUACCCCGUGCCCCUGGUGCACCGCGUGGCCAUCGUCAGCGAGAAGGGCGAGGUGAAGGGCUUCCUCCGUGUGGCCGUCCAGGCCAUCUCAGCCGACGAGGAGGCCCCUGAUUAUGGCUCCGGUGUCCGCCAGUCGGGAACUGCCAAAAUCUCCUUUGACGACCAACAUUUCGAAAAGUUCCAGUCCGAGUCCUGCCCCGUGGUGGGGCUGACCCGCUCCGGGGCCUCCCAGGAAGAGCUGCGGAUCGUGGAAGGGCAGGGCCAGGGCGUGGAUGCAGGGCCCUCCGCUGAUGAGGUCAACAACAACACCUGCUCAGCAGUGCCUCCGGAAGGCCUGCCCCUGGGCAGCCCCGAGAAAGCCGCCCUGGACGGGCCCCUGGACGCCGCCCUGGACUGCCUGCGCCUGGGCAGCACCUUCACCUUCCGCGUGACCGUGCUGCAGGCCUCCAGCAUCUCUGCCGAGUACGCCGACAUCUUCUGCCAGUUUAACUUCAUCCAUCGCCACGACGAGGCCUUCUCCACAGAGCCCCUGAAGAAUACGGGGCGGGGCCCCCCGCUCGGCUUCUACCACGUCCAGAACAUCGCCGUGGAGGUGACCAAGUCUUUCAUCGAGUACAUCAGGAGCCAGCCCAUUGUGUUCGAGGUCUUCGGCCACUACCAGCAGCAUCCAUUCCCGCCCCUCUGCAAGGACGUGCUCAGCCCCCUGAGGCCCCCUCGCCGCCAUUCCCCACGGCUCAUGCCGCUGUCCAAGCCAGUGCCUGCCACCAAGCUCAGCACGCUGACCCGGCCGUGCCCCGGGCCUUGCCACUGCAAGUACGACCUGCUAGUCUACUUCGAGAUCUGCGAGCUGGAGGCCAACGGCGAUUACAUCCCUGCAGUGGUGGACCACCGUGGCGGCAUGCCGUGCACAGGGACCUUCCUGCUGCACCAGGGCAUCCAGAGACGGAUAACCGUGACCUUGCUGCAUGAGACAGGCAGCCACAUCCGCUGGAAGGAAGUUCGAGAGCUGGUCGUGGGUCGCAUCCGGAACACUCCGGAAACUGACGAGUCCCUGAUUGACCCCAACAUCCUUUCUCUCAACAUCCUCUCCUCGGGGUACAUCCGCCCGGCCCAGGAUGACCGGACCUUUUACCAGUUCGAGGCUGCGUGGGACAGUUCCAUCCUCCCUGUGCUGCUGAUUCAUCGGGAGAAGAUCUACGUGACCCUCUCCGCUUACAUCGAGAUGGAGAGCUGCACGCAGCCGGCCGUCAUCACCAAGGACUUCUGCAUGGUCUUCUGCUCCCGCGACGCCAAGCUGCCCGCCUCGCGCUCCAUCCGCAACCUGUUCGGCAGUGGCAGCCUGCGCGCCUCGGAGAGCAACCGUGUGACGGGCGUGUAUGAACUCAGCCUGUGCCAUGUGGCCGACGCGGGGAGCCCAGGGAUGCAGCGGCGCCGCAGGCGGGUGCUGGACACGUCCGUGGCCUACGUGAGGGGCGAGGAGAACCUGGCCGGCUGGCGGCCACGCAGUGACAGCCUCAUCCUGGACCACCAGUGGGAGCUGGAGAAGCUGAGCCUCCUGCAGGAGGUGGAGAAGACCAGGCACUACCUGCUGCUGCGGGAGAAGCUGGAGACCACGCAGCGGCCGGGCCCCGAGGCGCUGUCUCCAGCCUCCAGCGAGGACUCCGAGUCCCACAGCUUGUCCAGCGCCUCCUCCCCGCUCUCAGCCGAGGGCCGCCCUUCGCCACUGGAGGCGCCCAGCGAGAGGCAGCGGGAGCUGGCCGUCAAGUGCUUACGCCUCCUCACGCACACGUUCAACAGAGAGUACGUGCAUAGCCACGUCUGCACCAGCGCCAGUGAGAGCAAGCUCUCUGAGAUGUCUGUCACCCUGCUGCGGGACCCGUCCAUGUCCCCCCUGGGGGCGGCCACACUCACUCCCUCCUCCACCUGCCCGUCUCUGGUGGAGGGGCGGUAUGGAGCCGCUGAGCUGAGGAUCCCCCAGCCCAGCUCCCGGCCAGCCAGCCCGGAGCCAGAGCCCACGCCAGAGGCAGAGUCCAAGAAGACGCCGUCCCCUGCUCAGGGAGCAGAGGCGGACAAAGAGCCCCAGCGCCUGCUGGUCCCCGACAUCCAGGAAAUUCGGGUCAGCCCCAUCGUCUCCAAGAAGGGGUACCUGCACUUCCUGGAGCCGCACACGGCCGGCUGGGCCAAGCGCUUCGUGGUGGUGCGGCGGCCCUAUGCCUACAUGUACAACAGUGACAAGGACGCCGUGGAGAGGUUCGUGCUCAACCUGUCCACUGCCCAGGUGGAGUACAGCGAGGACCAGCAGGCCAUGCUCAAGACGCCCAACACGUUCGCGGUGUGCACGGAGCACCGGGGUAUCCUGCUGCAGGCCAACAGCGACAAGGACAUGCACGACUGGCUGUACGCGUUCAACCCCCUCCUGGCCGGGACCAUACGGUCCAAGCUCUCCAGAAGGAGGUCUGCCCAGAUGAGGGUCUGA